AUGAGAUUCGAAAGUAAGUUACUUCAUUCCAACCAGCCAUUGGAAAGCCAUGGAGCUAGAGCUAACUCUAUAACACCAACUGCGGCUUACUUAUACCCAUCUACCGCUCAGGCCAAUUCAACUUUUUCGGGAGAAACUCCAGGUUAUGUUUAUUCCCGUGGACAUAACCCAACCAAUAGUGUAUUUGAAGCUAGAAUUUGUGAUUUAGAAGGAGGAAAAGCUGCUAUUUCGGUCAAUUCAGGAUUGGCUGCCCAAUUUACGGCGUUAUCUGCAUUAGUGGUCCCAGGGGAUAACAUAAUUCUGAGUGGAUUUUUAUUUGGUGGUUCCCUUUUACAAUUAAGAGAUAAUUUUAGGGGCUUUGGGGUUGAAACUAGAUUCGUUACCAGUUUGGAGAUCGAAGAUUAUGAAAAGUUGAUUGACGAUAGAACCAGAUGUAUUAUCAUUGACUCGAUCUCAAACCCAGCUUACUUAGUUGCCGAUAUCAAGAAAUUUUCGGAUUUAUGUAAGAAAUAUCAAAUUCCUUUAGUUGUUGACAAUACCUUGGGUUGUGGAGGUUACUUGAUUAGACCAAUUGACCAUGGUGCCGAUAUUGUUAUCCACUCAGCUACAAAAUGGAUAGGUGGACAUGGAACCACAUUAGCUGGUGUUUUCAUUGAUGCUGGAUCUUUUAAAUGGUCUGAAGCUACCAAAUUUACUAAACUUUGUGACCCUCAAUUCGGUUCUAAAGGUAAAUCUUAUGUUGAAUUACACGGAGAUAAUGCGUAUGUAAAACAUUGUAGAUCGAGUGGUAUUAUGCUUCAAAGUGCUACAUUAAAUCCAUUUGGAGCUUGGUUAUUACUUCAAGGUUUGGAAACUUUAUCUGUAAGAGUUGACAGAGAGUGUGAAAAUGCUGUUAAAUUGGCUACUUACUUGAAAAAUUCCCCUUUUGUCAAAUGGGUGUCAUACUUAGGUUUUGAAGAUCAUGAAACACAUGAGUUAUCAAAGAAAUAUCUCAACGGUCCAUACUUUGGUAGUUGUAUUUCAUUCGCUAUAAAAGAUGAAAGUGGUGCAGAUAUAGUCGAAAGUAACAGUGCAAAGGUUAUAGAUAACUUAAAGAUUAUUUCUAAUACUGUUAAUCUUGGAGAUGCUAAAACGCUUAUUUGUAUUCCCCAUAUUUCCACCAAUAGAGGUACUCAAGGAGAAUAUAACGAAAGUGUUGGAAUUGAUAGUGAUUUAAUAAGAAUUUCCGUUGGUAUUGAACACAUUGAUGAUUUGAUUGGUGAUUUGGAACAAGCAUUCAAAACUGUGUUUGCUUGA